GGGCCAUGCUAGGAAAGAGGCCACGCUUCCCAAACUUCCUGCCCCGCUCGCUCGGCCAACGGGUGCCAAGAGCUGCCGCCGCGCCCGUUAUCGAGCCAGCGCUUCCUCAGCCAGGGGACCGCAGGAGCCGCCGCCGCCGCUGCUCCCCGGGGAGGACCUGAGCGCUCGGCCGCUUCUACCUCGCGGAGCGCGCGCACAAGAGAGAGAGAGAGAGAGAGAUGAGCGGGCCUCGAGAGAAGGCGCCCGAGGCUGCGUCCCAAAGCGGCGGCCGCUGCGCCGGGGGCGUCGGCAGGGGCCCCGUUAUCCUCUCGCUGCUCUUCUCGCUUCUCUCGGUGGGCGCCUGCUUUCUCCUCAGCGCCAAGACCUCCAAGCUGCAAGGGCGACUGGUGGCCCUGGAAGAAGAGUUGGCCAGCCGCGCCUGGAGCCCCGGAGAGCAGCUGGCCGCCGAGCCUUUGCUCGCCGCGCUUCAGCCUCAGGUGGACGACCUUCUCCAGGAGAAACUGAGUGAAGGAUUAGCCAAACUACGUACAGCAAGAGAAGUACCCUCUGAAUGUCAUUGCCCACCAGGUCCACCAGGAAGAAGAGGAAAGCCUGGACGACGGGGAGAACCAGGUCCUCCAGGGCAGUCAGGACGAGAUGGUUACCCGGGGCCCCUUGGAUUGGAUGGAAAGCCAGGACCUCCGGGAGCAAAAGGAGAUAAGGGUGAGCAAGGAGACAUUGGCCCAAGGAUGGCUUUUCCUCGCCUCAGUCAUGGAUUUCUCUCUGACCAGCAUAUGUUUAGCCGACGUAUUCUUAAGGGAGACCAAGGUAAAGAUGGUGUCACUGGCCCACCUGGGCCUCCUGGACAGCCGGGUUCAAGAGGGCCUCCUGGAGAUACAGGAAAAGAUGGCCCAAAGGGACCGCAAGGUCUUCCUGGCGAGAAAGGAGAAGCUGGUGUCAUGGGCGAAUCUGGUAUUCCAGGGGAAAAAGGUGAUGCUGGGACUUCAGGAGAACCAGGAGUUCAAGGACCAAAGGGAGAGCCAGGAACUUCUGGGCCCCAAGGAGAGAGUGGUAUUCAGGGGCUGCCAGGGUCAAAGGGAGAACCAGGAAGCAUUGGCGGAAAGGGAGAAAAAGGCAUAGAUGGGCUCCCAGGGCCAAAGGGUGAGCCUGGGGAGAAGGGAGCAGAUGGACAUAUCGGGCCAAGGGGACCUCCAGGCCUGAAAGGAGAACAGGGUGAUACAGUAGUAAUUGAUUAUGAUGGUAGGAUCUUGGAAGCUCUCAAGGCUGUGGGGAAACCCAAAUUGACGGGGCCACCAGGACCUCAAGGGGAACCAGGGCCUCAAGGCGCUCCAGGACCAAAGGGGGAGCUUGGCUUGCCUGGUCCACCUGGAGUUGAUGGAGAGAGGGGAUUGAAAGGGUCAAAGGGAGAUCAAGGAAGCUCUGGACUAGUAGGACAGAAGGGAGAGAUUGGAGAAGUGGGCAUGAUUGGUUUACCUGGCCCCAAAGGAAUGAAAGGAGAGCAAGGAAACCCUGGAGUAAUGGGACAGAAAGGAGAGAUAGGAGAAAUGGGCUUAUCUGGUCCACCGGGUAUUGAUGGACCUAGAGGAGAACCUGGGACACCCUGUGAGCAAAACCUUAUCAUACCUGAACCGGGGCCUCCCGGUGUACCAGGUCUACGAGGUCCACCAGGUCCUAUGGGUCCUCAAGGGAUACAAGGACAUAAGGGCCCUCAAGGAAGUCAAGGACAAAAGGGCUCAGAUGGUUCAAAGGGUGCAAAAGGUGAAAGUGGCCAUAGAGGUGAAAAAGGACCCCUUGGGCCACAUGGUCCUCCUGGCACUCCUGGACUUAUUGGUUUACCAGGUACCAAAGGGGAGAAGGGAAAGCCAGGGGAACCAGGAUUAGAUGGUUUCCCUGGACUCCGAGGAGAAAAAGGAGAAAAAAGUGAAAGAGGAGAAAAGGGAGAAAGAGGAUUGCCAGGCAGAAAAGGAGCAAAGGGACAAAAAGGAGAACCAGGCCCUCCUGGAUUAGAUCAGCCUUGCCCCGUGUUCAUUUUUAAAGGGGAGCCAAAUUUACCAGAACUGGAUGGUGUGGAAAUGCUGUGUCCUUUGGGUCCAGAUGGAUUACCAGUACCAGGAUGUUGGCACAAGACAGAGGCAGAAAAGGGAGAGAAAAUGAAAAAGAAAAAAAAGAUUCAGCCCUAGAAAUUGAACAAACCUUGCGGAAGAAUUUCCAAUCUGGAAAGGUAACACAGCUAUAACCACACUUGUUGCUUCUUGCUUCAACCUUGAAGAAACUAGUUUCAUCCUGGGUCACUCUGAUCCAUUUCGUGACCCAUGGCUGCUUCUCCUCCUGAAGAAAGUAUCAUCUCUGGGAAAAACCCCACUUUACAUGUUCAGUCUGACUAAAGUUUGAAAGAUUCCUUUGUGGAACUUUAUUUUACUGCAGAAAUUGAAAAACAUGAACGUCUCAACCGUCAAAUCUUUAUUAUUAUUAUUAUUUUAAUAAAAUGAAGGGUACUCUAUAAUAUUCAUCUCAAUGUACAGAUUUGAAAAAUAAUAAUUUUUGCUUUAAAAACAAAAAUCCCACCAUGGCUGCUCUCUUUUGCAAACUUGGAAAAGAUACCCAUUGUGCUGCUUAUUCUUUUGGAAUCACAGAACUCAAUAAAUACAGAAAAUAUUAUUCCCACCAACCCACUAAUGAGUGUUUCAUCAAACCAUUUAAUAUGAAUGUUUCUAUUAUAAUAUAUAAGAUUAUAAGAGUAACGUGAAACAACCUAUUGUUAAAACAUUUGUAAUUAACCUGGUGAUAAAAAUGGCUCUUUUCAGAAGGAAAAAAGCUGAGCUCCACAUUUUAUGCAAAUUAUAUUUGCUACAGGUGCAUCUUUCUUGCUUCAAAACAGUUUGCCCCAAAAGCCAAAUGUCUCUAUAUACAACGCUAUAUUAUUUCAGUCCCAAGAUUGCAUCUAUGAAAUUAUACAAGUGGAUUAUGAAAUCGUUCAAUAUAAGAUCCAUUGUAGUUAUAAUCCAGUUACUAAUUCAAAAAUAAUUUCACCUUGUUCACAAUGGUCUGGAGAUUCUGGUUAUAACAAGCAGAGAUUUCUAGUUUAUAAUAUCAUUGGAAGGAAGUAGUGUUCUUGCUUAGGAAAUACAUCUACCUGGUCACUGUUCCCUCUAACAGACAUAGCAUUGGCCAGCAUUGUUCUUUCACUGGCAGCCUGCAAGACUGCAAGGUUACUGGCAGAAAGGGAGCAAGGAUUUUUGCCAUUUGACCUUUCUGUAUCCUCAAGACCCAGAAUGCACCUUAAGCUUUUGGAGAAAAAGGAAGUGUUGCCUUUCCUUUCACCAGAAUUAACCCAUUAAACCAUCAUUUCAAAUAAAAUAUUGAAUAUCAGUUAUAUCAGUACUCUU